AUGCCUGCGACGGAAGACGAAUCACAAUCAGUCAUAGACUCUGAAAGCUUUCACAACAAAUAUGAAUCCGACAUCAUGAUCAUGCGUCAAAGAUCCGAAAGGUUUCAGGACGAGCUUGCACAACAAACGAAAGAUCCCCGGCCAGAAGAAAAGAAACCAAUAUACAGAAAGCGACUUUUUUGGAUCGCCAAUGGCAUUCUAGUUAUUGGGUGCAUAAUUGCCAUUGCCAUUGCUGUCGCCGCAAUUUCCAGAGAAUCCUCAGCAACAAAUGAAUCAUUUGGUGGCGAAGCUGGGAAUCCUAAUGAGUCGCCCCUUGGAGAUCCUUCUGGUAUCAAUUUGCGACCAAGUACUAGCCCUGUAGAAGAGACUCCUAGCUAUCAACCCAGUGGGCCUACGAACCCUCCUUCCAAAUCUCCUUUCUACGAUCCCCCUUCCAAACAAGAAUGUGAAGCAGUAGCCAAAGGAGAGACCUUGCCCCGAGAAGAAAACCUAAUCCAGCACUCCUUCCAAAUAUCUAUGGAUUUAGCCUUGGCAAAUGACACGAAUCAACAGGCGGUGGUUGAAGAACUACAAGCUAAAAUGCAAACUACACUUAUGCCCAUCAUUAUCGGAUGUGACAUGGCGGCUACGAUCCGACGGAAGAUUAUGAGUGUGUCAUUUCAUAAAAGUGUGGAACAUCAUCGACAGCUCAUUAUGUCACCCUAUGUUAUUGCCAAUGCUCGAGCUGCUGUGGAAAUGGACUCUGCCGCUUGCACAACAAACGGUUCCUCCAAUUGUAUCCAUGUGAUGGUCAACCUUGAUUUACAUUUGAAAGGAUUCGAGCAGUGUGACGAAAUAUCAAAUUUUGUAUCUUCAGUGUUUGGACCAGAAGAAGGAAUCGUAGAGCUUUUGGGUCUGGGACAGUCCGUAGAGGGAAUGGCAAUGGAAUUAGCGGGAUCUGAAUGUGUUUCUCCUCAAACUAGUUUGCCCGCGUUGAGACCGAGUACAAAACCCUCUGUGCCUCCAACCAUUGUGGCGUCGGCCAAUCCUACAACAGCACCGGCGACAUGGCCGACAACGGCAGAGCCAACAAAAAUUGAAACGUCGCCGCCCAGCACACUUCCCACCAAGACACCAUCAUCAUAUCCUUCUGCCAUUCCGACCAUUACAGCUUCAUCGAACCCAACGGCCGCUCCUGUCACGUGGCCAACAACAGAGGAGCCAACACGGUUUCCAACGCUGGCACCGAGCAAAGUUCCUUCCAAGGUCCCUACUAAAGCCCCUACAAACGUGCCAACAUUGAAGCCUUCAAUUUCCCCGACUCCUAUUCCAACCAUAAUGGUAUCAGUAAACCCAACCUCGGCUCCUGUAGCAUGGCCGACAACAGAGGAACCAACAAGGCUGCCGACACAAGUGCCUACAAAGGUUCCCACUACUUCACCAUCGUCAAAGCCGACAAUUGCACCCACUCGCAAUCCAACCUCCAUGCCUACAGUGACCCCGAUUCCACAACCCACACGAGUCCCAACUGAUCCGCCAACACCUGAUCCAACAAUAUCUCCAACCCGUCCACCAACCCUAGUUCCAACGCUCCCACCUACUCCAGCAACAACUUUAGAGCCAACGGUAGCAUCUCCGCCAACUCCGCCACCGACACCUAGCCCAACGGCACCUCCCACUCCUCCGCUGACUCUAUCGCCAACAGCAGCACCGCCACCAACAUUCCUGCCGACUCCUCCUCCCACUUCUCCUCCUACGCCACCGCCAACACGGCCUCCCACUCCUCCACCAACCUUGGUACUAGUUGAUGAUGAUGACCAAGUAGGCGAUGAUGAUGAUCAAGUAGACGAUGAUGAUGAUGAUCAAAUAGGUGAUGAUGAUGACCAAGUAGGCGAUGAUGAUGAUGAUCAAGUAGGUGAUGAUGAUGAUCUAGGAGGUGACGAUGAGGGUGAUGAUGACGAUUUCUAG